GAAUAGAGAGGGAUCAGAAUUUUUCAGAAUGGAUUUAGUUUUAGGGUUUUCGAUCUUUCUAGGUAUCAUCAUGGGAUGGUUUUGGUGGAAAUGGAUCAACAACAAGAAGAAGAAGGAUAGUAGGGUUCCGAAAGGGAGUUUAGGGUUUCCUUUGAUUGGAGAGACUCUUGAUUUCAUCAUUUGUGGAUAUUCAUCUCGACCCGUCAGCUUCAUGGAGAAACGCAAAUCUCUAUACGGGAAAGUGUUCAAAUCUCACAUAUUAGGGCGACCGAUCAUAGUUUCUACCGAUCCUUACGUUAACAAAGCGAUUCUACAGAACAAUGGGAGCACCUUUGUUCCUUACUACCCCAAAUCUGUGACUGAAUUAAUGGGGAAAGCUUCAAUACUGCAAAUGAAUGGCAGUACGCACAAGAGAGUCCAUGGACUGAUCGGUAGCUUUCUGAAAUCUCCUCAAUUCAAGUCCCGUCUCACUCGGGUGAUUGAGAAAUCUGUGCUUCUCCCCAUGGAGAACUGGAAGAACAAGAAUCCUGUUUACAUUCAAGAAGAAACCAAAAAGAUUACGUUUGAAGUUCUGGUUAUGGUGUUGAUGGGCAUCGGCCCUGGUGAAGAAUUAGAGUUUCUGAGGAGAGAAUUUGCAGAAUUCAUCAAAGGGUUGAUUUGUCUCCCGAUUAAGCUACCAGGAACUACGUUCUACAAAUCAUUGAAGGCAAAGGAAAGACUGGUGAAGAUGGUGAGAAGGAUUAUUGAGGAGAAGAAAUUGAAUAUGGAGAGGACUACUACUAUGUCUGAAAGUGAGAGUGAAAGUGAAGAAAGGGAUAGAGAUGAGAGUGGAAGACGACCUAUUUUGGACGUAGCAGAUGUGUUUCUGUGUGAUGCGGUUGAAUCAAACGGGAUGGAGCAGCAGCAACAACAGACAGUGGAUGUGAUAAGUGAGAAUAUGAUAGAGAUGAUGAUACCAGGAGAGGAUUCUGUGCCUAUGCUUAUGACCUUUGCGGUCAAAUAUAUCAGCGACUGUCCUCUCGCUCUCAAGCAAUUAACGGAGGAAAACAUGGAGCUUAAGAGACAAAAGGAUAGUACGGGCGAGGAAUACGAUUGGACGGAUUAUAUGUCACUGCCAUUCACUCAAGACGUGAUCAGUGAAACUCUCAGAAUGGCAAACAUCAUCAAUGCGGUUUGGAGAAAAGCUCUCAAAGAUGUAGAUAUCAAAGGUUAUUUGAUUCCCAAAGGAUGGUGUGUCUUGGCAUCCUUUUCUUCUGUUCACUUGGAUGAAGAAAAUUAUGAGAAUCCUUAUCAAUUUGAUCCAUGGAGAUGGCAGAGAAAGGAAGGAAACCUUAGCAAUAGUAUCUGUUUUACACCGUUUGGCGGUGGGCAGAGACUGUGCCCUGGUUUUGAACUCGGAAGGCUGGAAAUCUCCAUUUUCCUGCAUCAUCUUGUCACUCGAUACAGAUGGGUGGCUGAGGAAGAUUACAGCAUCAGCUUCCCAACAGUCAAGAUGAAGAAGAAACUACCCAUAAUAGUGGCACCCAUUUCAUCUUAAAUUUCACCCAAUUAUAGCUUCUGCAAUGGAGCCUACCCAUAAUAGUG